CAGACCCUGGUCCUAAGAAACGACAGCCCACUGCCCAUGGCAUGGCAUCUCAGUGGGCUGGACGACCUUGGAGAUGACUUCUCUGCAUCGCAAGGCAGGGGCAUCGUUGGGCCCCGCACAGACUUUGAGGUGAAGCUGAAUUUCAAGGCCGAGAAGAUUGGCAUCACAAAUAAGAUGAUCCAACUAGAGGUUUCAGAUACAGAAAACAUCCUGGGCAUUGUUCAGGCUGAAACCAUCAAAGUCUCUGUGGAGGUCUACGAUGUUAAUCUGAGCAUCAACAUGCCUGAAGGUCCAGAUGGCAGCUUGGAAUUUGGAACCAUUAAUGUCCUGGAUAAUAAGAAGCAAGUCCUGAGUCUGCAGAACAAAGGCUUAUAUGACUUUGAGUACAGUUUCAAGCUGACCACUGGAAGUGCCAAGAGGGGUGACUUGGAAUCUCCCUUCACUGUCCGGCCGCAGGGGGCUGUGCUGAAAGCCUCCCAGCCACCUGUGAAAGUUGAGGUCCUCUUCCACCCCACGACUGAAGUGUUUCUCGAGAGCAAACCCAUCCUGCUCUGCCAGGUCAUUGAUCUCAAAUCGGGUCAAGGAGGCGAGACCGUUGCCACCAUCCCAGUGAGGGUGUCGGCGAGAGCUGUGUACAGCAAGUACAGCAUCGAGCCUGCCUCGCCCAUCGACUUCGGUGCCAUGGUUAAGGGCACCAAGAAGAGCCAGGUCUUAAUUGUGGAGAACAAAGGCGCCCUCAACUUCAAAUUCCUCAUCCACCAAGCACCUCCACUGCAAAGUUCACAGCAAGAGGAAUCUGCCCCCUCGGUCAGGGAAAGAAAACGCUCCACACAGGCUCAGCUCACUGCAGGCGUGUUCAUGGUGUCCCCUUGCUCCGGCUCCGUCGGUCCUGGGGGCCAGCAGAAGAUCACAGUGGAUUGCAGCCCAGGAGCAGAGGGGAAAUGUGAGGAGCAGCUAUACAUUGACAUCAGCAACAGAGACCCCAAGGACAAUCCCCUCGGCAUUCCCUUUACCCUGACUGCCGAGUCCUGCUUCCCAGCGCUUGUUGAAGACGUCACGUCCAUCUUUGAGCAGUACCCGAUCCACAGCAACGUCAAUCUCCACCAGACGUUACAGUCGGUGCAAGGCAACGGUGUGUUCAUCAGAGAUGAUAACAAAUUCAUCUUCACCAAAGUUCAGGUUGGGCAACAGGCCACGGCUCGCUUCAAGAUCUCCAAUGGCAGCAGUGUCCCAUGUGACGUUGUGCUCUCCAUCAAAGCCUUGCCUGGAGAGCCUCACAGCCUCAUCAGCAACAUCUUCAAAUUGGAUCCUGUCGAGAUGAGCAUUCCUGGCUUAUCCCACGCCUUUGCUACAGUGACCUUCACUCCAGAACAAAAGGAGGACUACCAGUGCACUUUCACAGCUUCCCUUGUUAGCCCAAAAAGCAGGUCUGUGAAGAUGAAACCCCAACAGCUGACCUUCACUGUCAGUGGAGAGGGGCACGUGCCUCAGGUGACAGUCGAGUGCCCGGGCCUUCGGAGUAAGAGGGGAAACCCCUGUGCUGCGCUUCAGGAGGCUCCUGCUGGGGGAUUCACAGACACUCCCCCUGGUCCUUCGUAACAAUGGCAUCAUACCCACAAAGUUUACAGUUCAUAUCAUGGAUGACCAGGGAGUUUUCUUCCUGAAAAGCACGCAGUCCGCACUCCGUGCCUUCCACACUGCAGACAUGGAAAAGGAC